AUGCCAAGCAGCAAAGGCAUCCCCACCGAUCCGGAACUCCGCGAGCACCUCAAAGAAGAGAUCCAGCAAGAGCCCAACAAAUCUGGAGAUGGCAAGGGGCAGUGGGCAGCUUGGAAGGGGAUGAAGCUGGCGAGGGAGUAUGAGGCGCAUGGCGGCAGCUACGAGAACGAGCCUGGAUCCAAGAACGAGCCGCAGACGGGUGCGCCCGUGGCCAAGGGUGAGAGCAAGAAGCAUGAGGAGUCGGCAGGGUAA